CAGUGGAAGAGCGUCGUUUUAACUGGACCACCAGGGAAGCCCCUUUUUGUUCUUUUCUGGAGCAAUUAAAUGAACAAUAUUGGGAAAGGUGCAGGAAUGCUGUGACGGAGCUAUGGUGGGAGGACAAAAUGCAGCUUACAGCGGCCCCGAGCUUGUUUAAAGAACAGCGGUGCUCCUGGAGGUAGUCACUUUGCCUUUCAUCAGGAUGAGUUCUGAGGGAGAAGCCUCAGCACCCAGCUCAGUUUGUAGAACUGGAGAGACUUCACAGGCUCCUGCUUCUCUGUGCCUGAGGGUAUUUGAAGAAGAAGGAUAAAGCCAGCGCUUCUCCCUGUGGCAUCUACUAUACUCAAAGGAGCUCAGGCCUGGGAAAACUGACCCGACUCAUCCCAUCUGGCUGCUUCCUGAGGAACAGCCGCUCUCCGCGCCGCCCAGGACCUGAGCUUCGGCCAAACCGCGCUUCUUCACCACGUGACCGCCGCAGUUCCAUGGACCAAACACAGAAAAGAAUGCUGGACCAGCCCCUUUGCAUCCCCACUGCCCAGCCCAAGAAGAAAAGGACAUCAGUGAUAUCUUUCUUUUCCAAGGUCUCUUGGAAACUGAGCCUCCAGAAGCAGGAGCCUCUGAAGAAUGUGUCUUUCAACUUGGCAGAGAGAGCCUGGGACCCCAGUUUUAAAAAGCGUCAUAUGGCAAUGAGAAGCCUAGGAACUAUGGCCUGUGAGACCCCGGACAAGGUGAGAAAGUAUAAAAUGAUUGUCCUGGACCUGCUGGUGCAUGGACGGUAUGACCCCAUGAGUUCUGAAGUCAUCCACGGGAGCCUGAAGACCCUGACCAUCAUGCUGGGCAAGAUCCAGGGGAAAGGCUUUGGCUCCUUCUUCCUAGACAUCACCCUUCAGACCAGGACUUUGUUAGAUGAUGAGAAUGACAGCCUGAGAUACUCGGCCUUUGUCUUGUUUGGGCAACUGGCUGCCUUUGCUGGGCGGAAAUGGAAGAGAUUUUUCACCCGUCAGGUGAAGCGGACUCAGGAUUCUCUCCUGAGCCAUUUACAGGAUAGGAAUCCCCAGGUUGCCAAGGCUUGCAAAACAACUUUUCGAGCCUGUUCUCCGUAUCUGAGACAAAGGAAGAACUACAGCUUCCAGAGUGAAGAGGACCAAAGGAACCCUAAACUCUGCCGGCAGCUGAGCCACUAUCAUCCAGAGCUCCUGCAGUUCUUCUAUGCAAACAAAAUCCUGUAAACACAGAGCAGCAGGGAAAUGGUUCCAGUGAACACAUUGCUGGGGGCUGAUAUUCCCCCUUUUAACUCUUUGGAUACUUCUGCUGCUUCUUGUGAUUAUGAUAGAAAAGGGAGUGUUGGGAGAGCAAUUGAUGGCAAAAAAUAAUACUGUGGAAUUGUAUAAUUACACCCAAAGUACAUUCUAAAUAGCUUUUAUAUGUCUCAUUUUCUCCCCACAGAAAUUUGAUGAGAAGGUGCAUGCUUUAAAACAUUUAAAGUAUAUGUAGAUUCAGUG